GCUAUCACUCACAAAUCCUUUGCCGCUGAAAAACCAGAAAAUGGUCCUCAUAAUGAAAGAUUAGAAUGGAUAGGUGAUGCCAUAAUAGAAGCUGUGGUAUCAGAUUAUCUAUAUUUUCGUUUUCCUGAACAUAAAGAAGGUAUUCUUACUAAAUUGAGAUCAGGAAUUGUUUGUAAAGAUGCAUUAGCUGGAUUUGCUCGUAAAUUAGGCUUAGAUAAUGAACUUAGAUUAGGUAUAGGUGCAUUACAAGCGGGUGAUAGAUCUAAUCCGAGAAUUUUAGAAGAUACUUUUGAAGCUUAUAUUGGUGCGGUUUAUUUGGACUCUGGUAGAAACCUAACUGAAGUUAGCAAAUUUAUGGAGCCAAUUCUUAAACCAUUCGUGGAAGAAUUGGCUGCAAAUGAACUUAAUUCUUCUCUCAUUAAAGAACCAUUAGGACCUGUAUAUGGUCCUAUGAAUAAACCUGAGAUUUU